GCAACAGACAUUUUCAUUCAGUUGACAGCUAAGUAAUUCGAAUGUACUUCGUUUUUUGAGAUUGAAUAUACAAUUAAUUGCAACGAUUUCAUAAGAAUACCACGUCGCUGCUGUCUUAAUUGUAUACAAACAUUUACAAAAAUGAUUGUAUAUAAUUCUCCGCACAACUACUUCGUUAUUUUCUUCAUUUUAACAAUAUGGAUGGAUACUGUCGUAAUUAGUAUGGAUGGAGUGACAGAUAGGGACGUUCCUUCUGGGUCUAACAUAAAAAGAGAGAAUUCAGCAGAAGAUGUCAUUCAUGUGAUUGAUGACGACGUUCCUUCCGGAUCUAACAUAAAAAGAGAGAAUGCAGAAGAAGGUUUUCGGCAGUUAGGUGACGAAGGAACUACAACUUCUCCCAAGAAAUGGGAUAUUGAUACCAGUUUUGAAAAUUUAAUUUACAUAACAAAUCUGCAUAAUAAUGAUCCAAAAAUAAUGACAAAAGAAUUAAUAAGAAUAAUCUUAGGUGAAAAUAAGUUAAAAAAUAUGAUAAUCCAGCGUGAAAAGAAUUCUGAUGAAUUGUAUAGUCUUAUACCUGAGAAAGUUCGAAAGUUUGUCAUCGAUUAUGUAAACUUACAAUUCAAUAUAAGAAUUAACGAGUCAACAUUUAAAGACGCAGUAAAUCAGUUAUUCAAUGAUAUUCGCGAAAGAAAUCAAAUCAAUGAAGUCAUUUCAGUUGACUCAAGUUCGUCGGAGGAAGGAAAUAAUAUUCAAAGUGUGACAGGAGAGAAUACAACAGAAGAUAUCAAGGACGUGAUUUAUGACGGCUCACCUUUAAGAUCUUACGUACAAAAUGUCAUGGACGAGAUUAAUGACGAUCUCACGGACGUGCUUUAUCCAGACGUUUCUUCCGGAUCUAACAUACAAGGAGAGAAUAGAGCAGAAGAUGUCAUGGACGAGAGUACUGACGACAUUCCUUCCGGAUCUAACAUACAAGGAGAGAAUAGAGCAGAAGAUAUCAUGGACGAGAGUACUGACGACAUUCCUUCCGGAUCUAACAUACAAGGAGAGAAUAGAGCAGAAGAUAUCAUGGACGAGAGUACUGACGACAUUCCUUCCGGAUCUAACAUACAAGGAGAGAAUAGAGCAGAAGAUAUCAUGGACGAGAGUACUGACGACAUUCCUUCCGGAUCUAACAUACAAGGAGAGAAUAGAGCAGAAGAUAUCAUGGACGAGAGUACUGACGACAUUCCUUCCGGAUCUAACAUACAAGGAGAGAAUAGAGCAGAAGAUAUCAUGGACGAGAUUAAUGACGACAUUCCUUCAAGAUCCAACAUACAAAAUACUAGAAGAAGUAAGAAGCUUACAGAUAUAAGUUCGCCAUUAACGAAGAAGAGUCCUACAACACGUAGUAGAAUAAAUGCAGAAACGACAUUUUUCAAGAGACCUGACUCUUAUCCUUAUGAAGAGAGGGAAGGGAAGGUUGAAUUAUUAAGUAAUUCCGGAAUUUGGAUAUAUGAGAAGGAUCUUGUGUGGAUUAAAAGAUAUUUCAAAACAAAAACAGAAGAGAUGAUAAGAGAGUUACUAGGAAAAUUACUUGGCGAGGAGAUUUUGCCGUUAAUGAUUUGGCGUGACGGUGAAAGUAGAACCAUUCCUCAGGAAUUGAAAACAUCUAUUUUUGAUUUUACGAAUUUAAAUGUGAAUACUGGUCAUAAAGUGAACAAGAAGACAUACCAAGCUUUAGUAUUGAAAAUUUUAAAAAGUGUAAGAAGCAAAUUUAAGAGAGGAAAAACUAAUCCAAACGAUCAGAAAUUGAAGGAACCAAAUUUAUAUCCAUAUCAAGAAAGGGGAAAUAAUAAGGUGGAAUUAUUGAAAGGAUCCAACAUUUUAAUUGACAAAAAUGAACUUAAAUCUAUUAAAAGUGAAUUCAACGACAAUGCAGCCACCAUGAUAAGAUUGUUAUUAGAGAAUUUACUUGGCAAAGAGGAUAUGUUAUCCUUCACUUGGGGAGGGCGAUUUGGAUAUACAUCUAUUCCUUUGGAAUUAAAGGAAUCCAUUUUUGAAUUUAUAAAUGAAAAUGUAAUUCCUGAACAAAAAAAAACAUACGAAAAUUACCAAACUAUAGUCAAAGAUAUUUUACGCUUCAAAAAGAAAUUACAGAAAGGAAAACCAAUAACAGAUACACAGGAGCACAAGACACUAAACUCAUGUCCAUAUCAAAAGAAAGGAAAGAAUAAGGUUGAAUUGCUGAAAGAUUCAAAAAUUUGGAUACCUAAAAAUGAACUUAAAUCAUAUGUUAAAAAUUUUAAAAAUAAACCAAUAAAAUUGAUUACACUGUUAUUAGAAAGCUUAAUUGGAAAAAACAAUUUAAAAUAUUUCACCAUAAAAGGAAACUCUGGUUCUAAACGCUUACCUAAAAAUGUCAAAAUAGCUAUCUUUAAAUUUGUAAACAAACAUGUAAAUAAAAAUUAUAAAGUGACAAAUCAAACAUUCUACAAUUCAAUUUCUAAUUUCCUAGGGGAUUUUCACCGUAAAAAAAAUGAAGGUGUGACCUUACGACCGUCAGGUGAUUCGGAUAUCAAUAAUUCUGAGCAGCCACCAGAAGAAUAUCCAUAUCAAAGUAAAGGUGCAGAAAAGGUGGAAUUAACAAAAGGAUCAAACAUUUGGAUUGAUGAGAAAAAACUUAAAAAAUACACAACUAUUUAUAAAAACAAUCCAUUAGAGUUAAUAAAAUUUUUGUUGAAAAAUUUAUUUGGUUUAGAGAAUUUAUCCAUUUUUACAUGGUAUAAGGAGAGUAGAAAAUAUGAGCAAAUACCUAGCGAAGUUAAAAGUGCUAUCAUGGCAUAUGUGAAUGAAAAUGUUGAAGCAAGUCAUAAAAUGGAUAUAAAAAAAAGCGAUGCACUAGUAGGACAAUUCAUUGAUAAUCUCCGUCGUACAUCUAAAACAGAUAUUAUUCUACGGUCGAAAAAACAAUUUGACAUUGAAAAAUACAUAUCUGAGAAACCAAAAAGAUUCCCUUAUCAAGAGAAAAAAGGGAAGAUUGAAUUAGUGCCUGAGUCUGAGGUUUGGAUAAAGAAAAAGGAAUUCAAAAAGUUGAAUGAAGAUUCUAAUAUUACUUUAGCUCCUCUGAUUCGAGAGUUAUUGGCAAAUUUACUUGGUGAAGAGAAUAUGAAAUUCUUUUCUCUCAAUGGUUCAGGUCUAUUUGAACCAGUACCAAAAAAUGUCUGUAAUGCUAUCUACAAAUUUGUAAAGGAUAGAGCAGGAUUGCCGAAAAAUUUUUCAAAAAGCAACUGCUUACUUGUAAUUAAAAAUGCAUUAAUGAAAAGCAGAAACAAUUUAAAAGCAGAAAACUAUGAAGGGGAUGUGAACUAAUCAACUUCAGUUAAUAAUUGUAUGCAUUAUGAAGAAAUUUCAUUGAAAUAAAAAACAAUUCACUUUAA